UACGCUAUAUGUGGCAAGUUAGCUAACCUUAAUUUUCGUGACCAACACUAGUUUAUUGACGGUGUGUUAGCUACGUGCCUGACAGAGUUAUGUGCCUUUAACUCGAGGAAGAGGAUGAAGUAAUGUUAGAGGCAAAUCAGACUGCAGAAGCAAUUUUAACGUAAGUGAACCAUGGAAAACUCAGGCAGGCCUUACCGGGCUAGGCAAGGCGGCUGGGAGAGGGGAGCAGGAGCAGACAAGACAGAAAGCUGGAGGAUCCAGGACCAGGGUCGAGGACAGAACUUCAGACCAGAGGGAGGUCAUCAGGGCAAGAAGAAUCAGAGUGGGCCCUACUGGGCCAGCCCUAAGAAGGGAGCAUUAGGACCUCUGAGCUAUUCCCCUGGUGGAUUCAGAGGGGGUCACAGCCCCUCGCAGAAGGAUGAUGUCCGUUGGUUCUUAGGUCCUGAAAACGGUGGUGUGAGUCGAGAAGAUAACUGGAGAGAGCGCUCACAGCAGCAGCAUUACUGGAGGAGGGGUAUCCAAGGAGAGGGUCCAAAGGAGGACAGGGAGCAGGGGAGGAGAGAGGCUCCUGAGGACAGUACUCCUAAACCAGGGAGAAGACGGAGAAACAGACACAAGAAGAAAGCUUUUGCUGAAGAGAACAAGGGCCUUGUGAAUGAAGACGCCACACUAUCAGCCAAAGAGAUGCGCAGCCUACGGCAAGCAGAGAAGCGACUUAAUAAAGAUGACAUCUACUGCUUCAAGAAGAAGUCCCACAGUAACCCCAGUGCACUUUACACCUGCGCUGUAUGUGAUGUUCUGUUGGAAUCUGUGUCUGACGCAUACAGGCACAUCAGAGACAAACGGCACAAGAAAAGGACAAGGGAGAAGCAAGAACAGGUGAUGCUGACGGAGAUUCUGCCUCCAGGCCCGGAGCAGAUAAGUGCAGUGAGUGCUGCACUAGAGGCUGUUGUACGAGAACAUGGGAUGAAUGACGAGGAUGUUGAGAGGAGACAGUGUGUGGUCUCCGUCAUGCAAGACCUUCUUCAGUCCGUCCUGCCUGAGAUCAGGCUUAGGCUAUAUGGAUCAUCUUGCACUAAGUUUGGAUUUAAGGAUUCUGAUGUCAACAUUGACAUUCAGUAUCCACCUCACAUGCAUCAGCCAGACGUCUUGUUGUUGGUCAAGGAGAGCCUCUCUGUGAGCCCUCUCUUUGUUGACCUGGAAGCUGAUUUUCAUGCCAGGGUGCCUGUUGUCAUUUGCAAAGAGAAAAAGAGUGGUCUGAUCUGCAAAGUGAGUGCAGGGAAUGAAAAUGCAUUCCAAACCACCUCCUAUCUUUCUGCUGUGGCCAGUCAAGAGCAUCUCCUUCUCCCACUGGUUUUGGGCCUCAGACGCUGGGCCCAGAUUUGUGAGAUUGACCGUGCAGAGGAAGGUGGGCUGCCACCAUAUGUCUUCGCCCUCAUGGUUAUCUACUUUUUACAGCAGCGCAAAGAGUCCCUCUUGCCUACCUACCUGAACCAUGAGAUUAAGGUGUUUUCACUCAGCAGGUUGUCAGACUUCAAUCUCUUGCAUGUAGAGGAUGGAUAUUUACACUGGGCUUACACCCCUUCCUCCAGAGAAUCAUCACAGCCAGCAGAGGACUCCUGUAUAAAGGGAAAGGUACCGCUGGUGUUUCAGAGCCCUCACCCGCCUGUGGAAGUUGGGCUUCUCUGGGUAGAAAUGCUUCGCUACUACUCGCUGGAGUUCAACUUGGCUGACAAUGUAAUAAGUGUGCGGACCAGCACUGUCCUCUCCCGAGAGAUCAAAGACUGGCCAAAGAAACGCAUUGCUGUGGAGGACCCAUUUGCCGUGAAGAGAAAUGUGGCCCGCACAGUGAACAGCCAGCAAAUGUUCGAGUACAUCCUCCACUGCCUCAAAACCACAUACAAGUACUUUGCAAUGCUACUCAACACACCAGCUGCUAAGCAUAAAACAGAAGCACCGCCUGGACCUGUUCAGCAGGAAAAUGCGAUGGCUUUGAAUGAAGACAUUGUAGGUCAAUUCAGUCAGCUUAACGUUAAUUCUCAACAUGCAAGUCAACCUAAAGCUGUUGAAAAUGGUCCAGAAGAUUCUGAUUGCAUCAUUGAAGAAGAGGAGGAAGUUGAAGAAUACAGUGACUCAGAUGAAGAGAGAGACAAGGAAAAGGUGGACCUGUGCAAAAGCAGCCUCUCGGAGGAUGAAGAAGAUCAGGAUGAUGAUCUGGAUAUCGAUGAGGACAUACACACCAGACACCACUUGGACAGCUUCACCACAGAGGAUGAAGAGAUUUUCCUAGUGGAUGAGAUUUCAGGCGAAGAGCUUUUGUCUGAUGAAGAGGGUCCAGAUUUUGAUACACCUGGUUCAAUGGAUGAGGAAGAGGAGGAAGAGGUGGCACUUUUCAGUCCAUCACCUCCACCAGAGGAUGCAGUUAAAGAUGAAGGCCCAGAAAAUAAAAACCAAAAGCAGAGCAGCAGAAGGUCUUAUGAAUUCACCAAGCAAGCUUUUACCAGAGGAAAGUCACACAUGGUCGUGUGCAGUUUGUGCAAGCGUGAUGGACAUCUGAAAAAAGACUGCCCGGAAGAUUUCAAGAAAGUGCAGCUGGAUCCUUUACCCCCGAUAACACCAGAUUUUGUCAGUGUCCUUAACAAAGUCUGCGAGCAGUGCUACACUGACUUUGCCCCAGAUGAACUGGAAGUGAGUGUAAGAGAGCACAUCCUGCAAGACCUGGAGACCUUUGUCAGACGACAGUUUGCUGGAGCUCGGCUGCAACUAUUUGGGUCAUCCAAAAAUGGCUUUGGCUUCAGACAGAGUGACCUAGACAUCUGUAUGGUGUUGGAGGGGCAGGAUGCUAUAGAUGAUUGUGCCUGCAUCAGUAUCAUUGAAAGCCUGGCAAGACAACUAAAGAAACACCCAGGUCUGAAGAACAUCCUACCCAUCACUACGGCAAAAGUACCCAUUGUGAAGUUCGUCCAUGUUCGCACCAGCCUGGAGGGAGACAUCAGCCUCUACAACACGCUGGCCCUGCACAACACACAUCUGCUAGCUUCAUAUGCAGCCAUUGACAGGAGAGUGAAGAUCCUCUGUUAUGUCAUGAAGGUUUUUGCCAAGAUGUGUGACAUCGGUGAUGCCUCACGUGGCAGCCUUUCCUCCUACGCUUACACACUCAUGGUGCUGUUCUUCCUUCAGCAGAGAAACCCACCAAUUAUUCCUGUGCUGCAAGAGAUCUAUGAUGGAAAAAAGAAGCCGGAAGUGCUAGUUGAUGGCUGGAACGUGUACUUCUUUGACGAUUUAAAAACAUUACCCAGUCGCUGGCCAGAGUUUGGGAAGAACACUGAGACAGUGGGGGAGCUGUGGCUCGGCCUGCUCCGCUUUUAUACAGAGGACUUUGACUUCAGAGAGCAUGUUGUCUGUAUACGUCAGCAGUGCCGCCUCACCACCUUCAACAAGCAGUGGACAUCCAAAUACAUUGUCAUUGAAGAUCCAUUUGACCUGAAUCAUAAUCUGGGUGCUGGUCUGUCCAGGAAAAUGACUAACUUCAUCAUGAAGGCUUUCAUCAACGGCAGAACAGUGUUUGGCACACCCAUCAAAGCCUUUCCUCCCAUUUACCCCAGUCAGAUGGAGUACUUCUUUGAUCCUGAAGUUCUCACUGAGGGAGAGGUGGCUCCCAAUGAUCGCUGCUGCCGCAUCUGUGGCAAGAUCGGCCACUUCAUGAAAGACUGCCCCAUGCGUAGGAAGUCCAAGCACAGAAGGGACCCUGAGAAAAGGCCAGAGCACCUGAGAGACAAAAUGGAUACAGCAGAGAACAACAAGGAUCAUGUCAGACACAAGCGUGAGCACUGGAGGAAAAGAGAUGCACUGGAAAUGCGCUGCUGCUACCUGUGUGGAUCAAGUGCCCACAUCAAGAAGGACUGUCAGCUGUACAGAAGCCCUGCAGGUAAUGUGAAGAUGGAAAACUUUACCUCCCCCUCUUCAGCCCACUUGAGGAAUUUGAGAGAAAAGGAGAAACAGGGUUCACCUAUACAAGAAGAGAAGAAGAAAAGAAAGCAACAAAAUGUGAUAUUAAGUCCACAAGCAGGUAGUUUAGCCUGCCGAAAUAUGGGUCGCUCUGGUCACAGGAAGAGCCCAGUGGAAUGAGCAGCAGCUGUGGCUACGCAAACCACGAGGUUCUACUCUUGUCCAGGCAGACAGAAAGUCCAGAAACCCUUAAAUCUGUAUGGGACUGUUGGGCCAAUGGGAGCCCAUUAAAAGCCAAAGCCAGGACGCCUUGACUUGAAGCCAAAUAGGGCCUUUUUAUGUGUGUUGUUUUUUUUCCCCCCUAAAGUGCUCCUCCUCAGAGGAGCUUUUUAAAGCUUUCAUUUUAACAUGAAAAGCCAUUAUGCAUGGACCUCAUGUCUUUGUUUACCUACACUGCCAGUCAAGUUUUUUUAUACUCAUUACAUUUCAAGCAGAUUCAGUGUGAAAUUGCUUAAAUUAGAAAAUGUAAGUAAUUGAGAAGUGUCUGCUAUAUGACUAACAGUAGAUUGCUUACAUCUUGAUCACCAUAAUAUCUUUUGCAGACAACAUACCAACAAUUUGUUUUGUAAUUGAUGCUAACGCUUCUUGACACUGUAUAGGCUCAACUGUCAUCACAGGUAAGACCUAGUGUUUGUAAGCACUGCGUUAGUUAUAAGCCAACUGGACAUGGUGAUGGUAUGGUUUGUUGUCCGCUACUUACAGUGACUUGACAUCAGUUAAGAGUCAUUAAGAUCGAGGCCAUUUCACGUUUAACCAGAAAGUUACACAUCAGUUCACUUAUUCCUGAUUUUCUAAUUGCAAGAAUGUUUAGGAAGAAUUGUCUAAUUAUCUUUCUUCAGAUUUAACCAAAAGAAGAUUUACAAUAUAGAUUCAAAAACGUUUGAAUGGCAGUGUAACUUUUGUGAUGGCCAGGAUCUUUUUUUAUGGAAUUUCUUUUAAAUCCUGUUUUAUUUGUCAUCUGCACUGACGUCCAGCAGUCUGUCUCUCCUUCAGCCUUGAAAGCAGCUCUUCGUGCAGGAUGUCUGUGCGCUUGUGUGUCUCUGUGUAAGAGAAAACACCCUGUAGAUAUUUUUUCAGGAUCAUAGUUUUAUUUUUUGAGACUGCUGAUCCACCCCUAUUUCAUAGAUACAGGCAGUUGAGGGGCAAAUAUGUAAGUGUGAAUGGACGGUAAAAUAACAGUAAAACUGUACUUCCUCUGCCGACCCUAGCCUGUAUGUGUCUCCACACAUGCUAGGAAGUGUUGUAACUGUAGUGCAAGAACAUAUAGUUGAGAAAGUUUCAUGCUUACACAGUGGUCAAGGUUUUAAAAAACCAAUCAACUGGUCCAGCUGAUGGCAUACGCUGCUGCAAACGCUGUGUUCACUUACUCCUAAACUAGAGGUAAUCUCAGUCUGACAGUGGAGAGAUAAAUGUAUUUAUUUGCCACAAAGGCUUCAUUUUGUAGUUAUGGUGCCACAGAUUGGUAGCUGCACUGUGAGGGUCCACACCCUUGUAUUAUGUUGCUGCUAGUUAAUGUCUCGAAGACCUGCUUAUCAUUCAACUUCAAAUAUGGACUGUCUGGCUUUAUUGUUGUCCUAAUAUAGCUAAAUUUUAUUAAAAAAAAAGUGUUGUUGAUGGUAUUGUAAUGAAAUUCUCAUUUUAAAGUAACUUUGUUUUAAUGCCAGCCUUACUGCAUUUCUUUUGUUGUAUGCAAACGGAAGGUUUAGUUUGUUAUUAAGGAACCCCAAUCCGGCCAGGAAAAGUUGGCUUGCAAUCCAUUUUGUGUCUCAGAAUUCAUUAAACUAAAAUCCAAUCCCA